AUGAUGGAGGUUUUGGCGAGAAAAACGAAAUGGCGAUGGGCGAUUGUUUUGAUUGGAGUUUUGCAAAUUGUUGAUGGAUCGGAUGACAUUGGAAAAGUUUGUUCUUUUUUUCUGGGGGAGAAGUUGGAUUUUUUUGAAGCUGAUUGAGGGGAUUUGGGAUGUUUUUCAAAUCACUCUUCCGAAGAGCUACACCCGAAAAUUCUCCAAAAAAUUGGUUCAGUUUAGAGUUUAUGAAUACCGGAAUACCGUUUAGAGGCCCCCUCAACUAAUCUUUAUACAGUAAUCCUCAGACUACAGUAUGUUUACUUUGCAGUCUUCAGUUUUGAGAUACAGUAAUCCUUGUAGUUCUAGAAGUUUUUUCUUUAUUUGGGAAGAAUCAAGUUAAUUUAAAUAGAUUAAAAAUUCACUACAAAUAGACAAAAUUUAUUUUUCCAUGUGUUUUAUUUUUAGUUUGCCAAAGAAAAGUUCCAAAUUUCCUAUGGUUUGGUCAGAUUCUCUAACUUCAACAUCAUCAUUUUUUUUCAUCUUGAACAUCCAACGGUAUUAUACCCAGAAAUGUUUGUGUUAAUUGUGGCAAUUAUUGCGCGAUUCUUCUGCUAUUCAAAAAGCCAGACUUGCGCGCCACCCAGUUGUAUAAACAAUUGAAAGUUUUGAAUAAAAAAAAACUUUGAGGGGAUUUGUUCAAUUUUUGGUAUGACGUCAGAUUUUCUUACUGUUCUGCAAAAAAUGCAACUUGUUUUUAGAUACGUAAUUUAGCUUGUCAAAGUUACAGACUCUUCCAACACGGAACAUUUUUUUUUGAAUAAAAAAGCGGCAUUUAUGUAUUUUUAUAAUUAUGUACAUGCCGCUUUUCGACAAUUAGACUAACUUCAGGAACAUUUCUGAGAAAAUAGCUUACAAAAUCGAUGUUUGAACAUCAAUUAUUUCAUCCAUCACAGAGAAUUUCGGAAAUCAAAAAUCAAAAUAAUAAAAUCGAAAAUAUUUUAGAAUGGAUGUGAUCGAUACGUAGAUUGUCGAAAUGAGUUACUUGAAAUGCAUUGGAGAUGUGCUGAAGUAUCAAGAAGAACAACACAACACGCGUGUAAAAUAAUGAAUCUAUUUGGACAACAUAAAUCAACAAGUUAUGAAAUUGAACAAAUAUUUUCGAGUUGUACUAAAAGAUUUAGCGCAUUAAGUGAUAUUGAUUUGCUGAUGGAAAUUGAACCAGAAUGUUCAGCUGAUAAACAAAAUGCAAUACCAAGUCAUUAUACAUCUGCUAAUUGUUGGAGUGAGCUAAUUAGAAUGACUCAGAAAUGUUUUGCAUUAUCAAGAUGUUGCCCUUCUUCUCAAAGGUUUGUCACUUUUUUUUUAAAUCACAAAUUAAUAAUAUUUUUUUAUUUUCUAAAGAUGUUAUCAUGAAGUUCAAUCAACAGAAACACAUCAAAUAUACGAAAAUGAGAAAACAAAAUUGAAAGGAUUAUUGGAGAAUUGUGUCGAAGAUAUGGAAUCACUUCGUCGAACUCCAAUCUCGAGAGAUGAUGGAAUUAUUGCGAUGAAAGUGAAUGAAAACGCAAGAGAGUUAUUGAAAUCAGUGGUACCUUUUCGAAUUUUUCCUGAUCCCCAAUUGCAAAAUUCGAAAAGAGUUGUGAAUGCAGCUCCGACUGAUUCGACUGGUUUUAGAAGACCAUUUAGAAGACCAUUAAGUAUGUAGAGAAAAAAACAGAACAUUUGAAAUUUUUGGGUAAUUUCAGAACAUCGCUAUGGAAUUUCGAAGCAAAAAUUCGAGGCGACUGUUAUUGUUGGAAAAACUGAAGAUGGAGAUCUACCACUAACAACGUCUUUGAGUCCAUUCACAUCUAUGCAUGCAGGUAACAAACUUAUAACAUCUGGAAAAUACCUAUCUUCAAAUUUUCUACCCCUAGAUUACUGUAGACUUUCAGACUGCGCCUAUUUUUUUUAAAGGAAUCAGACCAAAAGGUCCAAAUUUUAAAUUCCUGAAUCCGAAAUUUUUUUAAAAUGUAGCCUUAAUAAUUUUUUCUCAAAAAAUUAGUCCUGGACUGAUUCUUUUUUUAGGGUCCGAUUUCCAUAAUUCUGAAUUCUGGAUUCUGGAUUCAGAUCCCAAAACCGGAUCCGGAUUGAAAACUCUCUGGCGGUUUAGUUCCAGAUUUCUAUUUCUGUUUUUUUGAAAUAGAUUCAUCAUGCGUUCAUUUUUUUUUUCAGGAUACACUAACACAAUUUCUACAACACAAACUCCCGCUUUCUUUUCCUCUCAUGUUAACUCAAUUGAUUUUGAAUCGAAACCACCAUUGAGAAUUCGAAAAAACAAAAAACGAAGAUUCAGAAAAAGAAAAAUCACAAAAAGUGGAGAAAAACAGCACUUUCAAAGAGCUUCAGUUAUUGAAAAGAGUCAUUUUGAUGCACAUCAUGUGAGUUAUUUUUUCAAAGAUUCGGAGCAACAAAAACAUAUUCAGGCAGCUGUAAAACUCGACAAACUCUCAAGAAAUUUGAGACAAAAAGGGGAGUACGGUCGAAACUUUUUGCCAAAAAUGCUUUUGGUGAAACAAAACAAGGGAAAGUUUUUGGGAUAUGCUCAACCAUUUGUUCGACCAAUUGAGAAGAGCUCCGAAGCUGCUGAUUUCUUUGAUGAAAAUGUAAGUUGGUUUGUUGAAAAAUCAUUGAAUUCUUGAUUUCAGGUUGAGAAACAUGCAAGUAUUGAUCAAAUUUAUGAUGAUAUUAUUGAAUCGCAAAAAUCAAGUUAUCCACCAACGACACUUCAGAUUCCUACAGAAGCGUCUUGGACUCGACAACCACCCCAACAGUAUUCGAAUUCACAUUUUGAUUUUACACCAACCAGAGCAACGUUCCCAACUGUUACAUCAACAACUUCAACCACAACUACAACCCAACUUCCUCCAACAACUGUAAAUCCAACAGUUGUUGAUCCACUUGUCGAUUAUAUAACACACGAAUUAUUAGAAAAACAUUUGGAAAAAGAGAGUAAUGAAGAAGAUUUCGAUUUUUCGGCAAAUUCUGAUUAUAUUGAUAUCAGUGCAGAUGUUGCUGGACAAUCUACAGUAUCAAAUGUGACAGUAAGAACCACUGCAACACCAUUAAUUGCGGCGAAAUUGGGCGAACAAAAUAUCGAAGAUUUGAUUCCACUUCCUCAUGUUGUCAAUAGAUUUGGUACCGAAGAUGUAAGAGAAAGAGAGGAAAGGAAGUGUUUUUAUUCGAGUUCUGAUUCUUUCAGAUUACACCGUCUCCAUUUGUAACAACAACUGAAUUGAACAAUCAAUUAUGGCCAAUUCCAAUUCGGAAAGUUCAUCGAUUAAAAAUGAUGGGUCAAAAAGUUAUGCAACAGUAAGUUCUAUUGAUUUGUGAGAAAAUGGAAAAAACACAUUUGUUGAACCAAAUUUUGAGAAAUGUGGUCCCUUACUUUGUUAAUUGUGAAUUCUUUUUUUUGUAAUAUCUACUUACAGUAUGCGGCCAAUUGUUAUUCUUCCAAUCAACAAAAAAAAUGCGCAAAAAAUGAAUGAAUAUAAAAAACGAAAACUUUUGACUGGUUGCCAAAGAUAUGAUAAAUGUUUGAGAAAAGAAGUUGAAAUGAGAAUGCGAUGUGCUAAGCCAUAUCCGCAACCAUUUGAUCGAUGUUCGGCUCAACUUUUACCACUUUACCGAUUGAUUGAUGAAGCAUCUAAUGAUAAAUUACAAUAUUUCAUUAAAUGUAUCUCAAAAGUUGAGGAAAAUGUGAGUUGAAACUUUCAUCAUCAAAAACCAAAGGUUUUUUUUAAAGAUUUCUCGAAAAUGUCUGGUCCACAAACCAAUUGAUGAAUCUGAAGUUACUUGUGAUAACAUUGAAGUUUGGACAGAUUAUUGUAAAUCAGUCGAAAAAUGUUGUGAAUCGAAACAUGAAUGUGAAAACCAAUCAGAAAAUUCAAAUUUUGGAAAUCGCCUUCGACUUCUUGAAAAAUCAUUCACACUUCGAGCAGCUGCUUGUCAAUUCAAACACGCAUUUCAUCGAAAUCUUGUUAAGAAAUCUUAA